CCCGCAGCAGCACUUGGGCUUCCCUCCCGGGUCUGGCAGGCGCAGUCGGUCUCCUCUCGCCGCGCAAGGAUGGCUCUCUUCGGGUGGAUCGAUCUGUGGUUCGCUCUCUCUCUCGGCGUGGCGUUGGCCACCGGGCAGUCCCGGACCGGGCAGCGGAUGGUGGGGGCGCCCAUCCAGGUCUCCGCCGACGACGAGGGCGUGCAGCAGGCCCUCCGCUUCGCCAUGAACGAAUACAACCGGGCCAGCAACGACCAGUACGGCAGCCGCGUCGCCGAGGUCCUCAGCGUCAGCAAGCAGAUUGUUGCCGGAGUCAAGUAUAAAAUUGAUGCUCAAGUUGGGCGAACAACUUGUCCCAAGUCAGAAGCUAACCUGGAGACCUGUGCCUUCCAUGAAACAGCAGAACUGGCCAGGCGUGUGACUUGCCACUUUGAGGUGUAUACUGUUCCUUGGACAAACAGUAUAACCCUGAAGAAAAACAACUGUCAGUAAACAUGUAUUUACUUGGAUCAAGAGAGCAAGCUGCUGCUCUGAAAAUAUUUCCCCUUUUCACAAAGAGCAAUAAUUCAGAUGCUUUCUCAAGCGAAAGGGUUAGCUGCUAACUUGAAAUGCUUACAUAUACUUGUUUGAAACAAGUAAAUUCAUAUAGUGUUCUUUUAAAAAUAUUUGCUGUUUCUUAUUGUUAAUUAUUUAGUUUGUAACCAGUAUUAUCAUGCUUUCUUAGAAGGGGAAAAAAUAAAACUUUACGUUGUCAAGG